CAGACCACUUCGAUGACGGCAUGCGAACGUGAUUGUCAGUGCUAAAGGCAUUUAUCACUAAUCGAACGUGCGCCACACCUGGCGACACCUAGGCAGUUAGACAGCAGGUUUGAUCGGAUAACAACGCAUAUAUAUUUUCUGGAGAAAAUUAAUAAGGGCAAAGAAAUUGCAUAUAAAUAUGAACCAUCCAGCGUUAGUAUCCGUCAAAUGGUUAGCCGAGAGAGUGGCAAGUAGCUGCAAAACUAUUCGCAUUAUUGAUGCAUCAUGGCAUCUUCCUAACACAGGUAGAAAUGCGAGAGAGGAGUACAGUAAAGAACAUAUAACAGGUGCCCUUUUCUUUGAUAUUGACGAAUGUGCUAACAAGAGUAUACCAAUGUCGCAUAUGAUACCGUCACCGAGUCAAUUUGAAGAAUAUGUCGGCAACCUUGGUGUGAAUAACGACACGCAUGUAGUAGUGUAUGAUAAUAAUGCUAAGUUUGGAGUAUUUUCGGCCCAAAGGGUUUGGUGGACCUUUAGACUUUUUGGUUACAAUGCAGUUUCCAUCCUCGAAGGAGGCCUUCCAUCAUGGAUUGCGAAAGGCGAAGCGGUAACAGGAGAGGGGACGACGCCCGUUCAGAAACAAAAGUUUGUCAGUAAAUUUAGACCUGAAUUGGUGAAGAACUUUGAAGAUAUAGAAGAAAACAUUACUAAAAAUGCUUUUCAGUUGGUUGAUGCCAGGCCUAAUGGAAGAUUUAUAGGAAAGAGCCCGGAGCCAAGAGCGGACAUAAAACCUGGGCAUAUACCUAAUUCCCGUAAUUUACCUUUUACUAAAAUAAUGGACCAGGAAACGAGGAAAGUCUUAGAUCCAGCAGAACUAAAGAAGUUGUUUGAUGAAGUAAAUGUCGAUCUUCAAAAGCCCAUCGUGGCGUCUUGUGGCUCAGGAAUAUCUGCGUGUUCGAUAGCUUUAGCUGCCUAUCUUUGUGGUAAAGACGACGUAGCUGUUUAUGAUGGUAGUUGGACUGAGUGGUACCAGAGAGCUAAACCAGAACAAAAAGUGGAUUGUCCAGAGUGAUAAUAAUAUAUAACUUUAGUUAAGAAUUUGAUACUAAAAAUAUAUUUAACAAUUGCGGUUGCAAUAAUUUAUUUUACACGACUUUUUUGUGAUAUUUGACUUUUGGGAUUAAAAGGAGCCCGAUUUGGGAACAAUAAUUAACA